GGCCAGUCGAGCGGCCGCUUUCCUCCGCCUCCUCCUCCUCCUCCUCCGCCACCUUCUCUGCCUCAGAGACAUUCCGUUCGACUCGUGUGCGCCUCUCCUCCGGCCUCCCCCCUCGGGCCGAACUACGCCGCGACCGCGCCCCUCCUACCACCGCGACAGUUCCACGGACGUCCGGCCGAAACGCUCGACCCCUCCAACCUGGAGACUGUUGCCAAGCGAUCGGGCCACAUCGAGCGCCAGCGCGUGAUCAACGGCCUGUACAGUUGGCCGCAAGCACCACCACCGACACACCGACAGACACGUCGAGCGCCACAACCGCUCGACGACGGCUCGCCUGCGCCGUCCUCUUGGUGGUCGUCCGCCAGCCGAGCUGACGGCGACGGCGACGGCGACGGCGACGGCAACAAGGGCCGGCCGGCCGCUUGCGUCGCCUUCCAGUUGGCCAGUCAUUUGGGCUGUUCUUGCGACUACGUGACCGGCGACUCUGGCCUGUGGCCGGCUCGAGCUUGGUUGGCCAGGAAUUGGCAUCGUGUCGGCGAGUGCACUUGUCCCCACGACGACGUGCACGCACUUUUCGACUCGGCCGCCGAGGCCGUGGUUGCCACGGGCCUGGCCGACAGCAUUGCGCUUCUGCCCAUCCGCGAGACCGACAUCCUCGACGCGCUCGUCGACACCACCUCGGACGAGGACGAAGUGGACGCGGCGGCGGCGGCAGCGGCGGCAACCGACUGGCUGUCUCCGAGGCCGACGCAACCACGUUGGACCGACGCAGAGACGGGCUGGCCGGUGAAAGGCGUCGGUCGGCGUCGUCAGGCUGCGGCUGGAGUCAAGGAGACGAGGCGGCAGCAACCGGAACUCGCGUUUCCAGCCGCCUCGACUGCCGCUCUGCCUCCCGUGAAGCGGUGGCAACUGCGCCAGUCGCGUCAAAGUGACCGGCAGAAACGAGUCGACGAGGCGAUCCGAUGGCCGGCGCCAGAGCAACAAGUGCGCCUCGACAGUGUCGAGGACGACCGAGCGAAGAUGAUCUGUGAUGGCCGAUUCCGGCUGGAGGAGCAACCAGAGGGCGCAGUUGCCGAGGCAACGCCAGACUGCGUAUGGUUUCGCAGUGACGCCGACAGGCAGAUGGCGCAUGGCGACAGAUCGAAGGAGGCAUUUGUCGAAAGCGGUAACCAAGCGACUGGAGACACAAACGACCAAGAGAGAGAGAAGAAAGAAGAAGAAGACGAGAAUAAGAAGGAGGAGGAGGAGGAGGAGGAAGAAGAAGAAGAAGAAGAAGAAGAUCUGAACGAAUGGCUGGCAGACUCACACGACUCGAGUGUGGUGCUGGAGGACGAGGACGCGGAAGAGGGUGGGGGCGCAGCAGGCCAGAGACAAACGUCUCCCUCUCGAGAUGUCGUCAAGGCAGUCGAGGCUGGGCUGGCCGACGGCGCCACAACUCUGGCCAGUCUGGGGCAGCUGACGAUGUCUGCACACCUCGUCUACGCCGCCCCCCCCCCACCGCGUGUGGCGGAGGAGCGAGAGCACCAAACAGGCGCGUCUUUGGCCGGUCUCGAUCGUCUGGCUGAUUGGCAUUUGCGUCAGCAACACGCCGACCUGCUCAGACUGUCCGACCUCACCCCGCCCGGAUCGGUCGAGUCCCGAGGAGAGCGCUACAAGGCAGACGACAUUGCAGGCCCUGAGCAGGAGGAGGAGGAGGAGGAGGAGGAGGAAGAGGGAGAGGGUGAUGUAGACGAGUUGCGGCAAUUCAUCGGUGCGAGACCGGCCGAAGAGAGAAGUAAGCGGAGCGACCAACACCAGCAGCAACAACAAGAAGCGGUUGAAGGAGACGAGGAGGAGGAGGAAGAGGUACAGGAAGAGGAAGAAAAUGGUGAAGAGCAGCAGCAGCAGCAGCAGCAGCAACGACAACAGCCGCAUCAGCCCAAACGCCAACGGACUCACUGGCUCAGCGACAGUUCGGUCGUCGGCCUGAGGAGCCAGGCGUCGUUGCCGGGCGAGGCGGCGACUGGCCGAACUGUUGCCGAGGGGCCGGACUCGCAGGCGAGGGCCAGAGAGUUGUGGGCGGUGUUGCGCGGCGAUCCGCACCGACUGCUCGAUCUGCAAAAGGUGAGGCCGUCGCGAUCAGCCACGACUUGA